AUGGCUCGAAUGGCUCCUCUUGCGGUCAUCUUGCUCGCAUUCGUUAUAUUCCCUUUCGCUGCCCUCUCGAAUCCCGGAGGCUACUAUGGCAACCGCCCCACUGCUCACAUCGACUCUGGACUCGUCGUGGGUUUCACCCAAACCAUACCAGGCUCUCGGAUAAAGCUGAAUACCUUCCUCGGCAUCCCAUUCGCCGCGAAACCAGUGCGCUGGGGUCCUCCUAUACCGCCAGCUCCUUGGAAGACUCCCUUUGACGCUUCCAAUUUCGGUCCAGCAUGUGUCCAGCAAUUCAACUACCCCGAUCCCCGUCGCAGUUUGAUUCUGAAGUGGUUCAACACCCCUCCGCCCCCUGCCGGUGAGAGCGAGGACUGUCUGAAUCUAAACGUAUACGCCCCCCCUCCCACAAAGAGAGGACAACCCAAAGCAGUCAUGGUCUGGCUCUAUGGUGGCGGCCUCCUCUAUGGUUCUAAUUCCGGCCGUCUCUACAAUGCCUCUGGCUUAGCGGCUAACGAAGAUGUCAUCGUUGUCGUUCUAAAUUACAGAACCAACGUGUUUGGCUUUCCUGGAUCGCCUCAAUUGCCGCCGACCGAAAGAAAUCUAGGGUUUCUGGACCAGCGUCUCGCCCUUGACUGGGUACAGCGCAAUAUCGCCGCCUUUGGCGGAGACCCCGACAAAGUCACCAUCUUUGGGGAAAGUGCCGGUGCUCUCAGCGUCGAUGCUCUCCUCACCCAACCCCCGGAACCAGUCCCAUUCUACGCGGCCAUCAUGGAAUCCGGCACCGCGACGUUCCGCGGCCGCCCCACGGACCCAGCAGCAUCCUGGAACAUCCUCGUCGCCGCCAUGAACUGCACCGCAUCCAACUCAUCCUCGUACAUUCUCUCAUGCAUGCGUGGCCUCCCCGCCACGACGAUCAAAGACUACAACGAGCACAACCGCCUCUCCUGGUCGCCUGUCUUCGACAACGUCACUAGCGCCGACACCGCGCGCUCGAACCGCCUGACCUCCACGCCGUCGAACUCAAAAAUCGCCCGCGUGCCUAUCCUCGGCGGCUCCAACGCCGACGAAGGCCGCUUGUACUCCGUCAGCGCCAACGACUCGUCCAGUUUUAUCCGCGGCCUCUUCCCCACCGCUACCGACGCAGACAUUGCCAACCUCCUCGCUGCAUACCCGAUCGGCGUGCCUCCGCCCGUUGGCUUCCCCAAUGAAUUCGAACAGCUAGCGGCUAUUUACACUGAUUUUGUCUUCCAGUGUCCUGCGCGCCUGGUUGCCAUUGAGACCGCUCAGGUCGGCAUCCCCAGUUGGCGAUACUACUACAACGCUUCUUUUCCGAACACGGACAUAUUCCCGGAUUCUGGCGUGUACCAUUCCUCAGAGAUUGGGAUUGUGCUUGACACGUACCCAGAUGAAGGCGCCACGCCGUUCCAGGUCCAUCUUAGUCACUAUGUACAGAAAGUGUGGGCGGAUUUUGCAAAGAAUCCUUAUGGCUGGGGUGUGCCGCCGUGGCCGCAGGUGUCCGAGGCCAUGGGGAUGCUUGGUGGUGGUGUGCGUGUAGAAGAUGGGCCGGAUGCGUUUGGCCCGUUGUUGACAGUGUUGGAUCCGGCGGAGAUGGAUAUGGUUGAUCAGCGGUGUUGGAUUUAUCAGCCUAUCUAUGAUUUCCUAGGUCAUUGA